GCGGCAACCACUGGUGUGAGAGGGUGUGCGUCCGGACCGCGGAGUUUCUCGCCAUGUGAUGUUAUUCGUCCUCUUGAUCCUGAGGAAUGACGGGAUCUCUUUUCGAAGUGAUAAUGGGAAUUAUCUUCCUUAAGGAAGGAUACGUGAUUACCAUCGCUAAGUAUAAGUAGAGCGAGGAAUACGAGACAGAAGUUCCUUGACGAGUGAUCAUGGUGGUUUUCAAGGAAUAUCAGAAUGCGUUUAUUUGUUUGGCCGUCUUUUUACGGCACUGUUGCACAGUUGCGUGGUGCUCCGAGGAUUAUUAUGAUAAGGACUAUAAAAAUAUCACGACAUUCUCUUCGCUCGCCUCGUCCACGAAGAAUGACGUUUUGAAAGCUGUCGAUGUAUUCAGCGGAAGCUCCGAAAGAGGUAGCAGACUUCCAGGCACAAGUUACCCUAGGAUCCUUCGACGAGGUCAGCAAGAGCAUCAUCAUCAUCAUCAUAAUCAUCAUCAUCAUCAUCGUCUUCUUCGUCGAUUCCAUCGCCAGCUUCGCCGAAGGAACACCAUUGGGCUCCCGAGGCUGGAGUUCUCGAAAUCCGAAUAUAGAGCGGAAGUCCGUGAGGAUGUGUCCGUCCGGACUCCAAUCCUUCAGGUAAGCCUGGCGUCUCCGCUCGUCUUCGUGGCUUCCGACAUCGAUUUUCGAGUGAGUGACGAAGACAGUUUCGGCAUCGACACGAGCGGAGUCCUAUACAACACGAGACCUCUCGACUACGAGCGCAGCAGAGGCUAUUACUUGCUGAGAAUCAGCGCUGAAUACAAAGGUGAUCAAAACAGCCUCCUUGGAGACAGAAUCGUCGGGGAGACGUCAGCGAGAGUCUCCAUCGUAGAUGUUCCGGAGCCUCCUCGAUUCGAAUCUUACCACUACUUCUUCACUGUGCCGGAGUUGGCUUCCACUGGGCUGUAUGUCGGCACUGUGGAGGCUACAGACGAUGACAACGACCUCGAGGCUUACGUACUUCAGGAUGUCAGACCGAAGGACGCGUUCACGAUCGACCAUGAAACGGGAGUCAUUCGAGUUGGCAGGAUUCUAUCUUCGGGACACCACCAUCAAGGGUCCUACAGUUUCCGAGUGGGAGCUAUCGAUUUUGCAGGCCAAGUCACGACAGUCCCAGUAACCGUUUACCUGACAGCUACCAGUCCUUCUUAUGCACGUCUCGUGUUGGGACCUGAAGAAGAGAAUUCCCACAAGCCAAUCUUCCUCGAGUGUGCAGCUUAUGACGGGAUUCGCAUCAAGGAGAACGUGACGGAAGGAACGCCUGUGCUUGUGGUUCUGGCGACAGACAAAGAUCGAGGCGACAACGGAAUCGUAUCUUACUUCCUUCUGAAUGAUUUUGGGAAGUUCACCAUCCACUCCUCCAAUCUGCACGGACAAAUAUCUACGACUAAGCGCCUUGACCGAGACGGCGAGGACAAGGAGUUCUAUCUGACAGUGGUGGCUCGGGACGGCGGCUUCGAGAGGCAUCAGGACUCCUGCUCCUUCAAGGUCAUCGUCGAUGACAUCAACGAUAAUCCUCCGGUCUUCGAUCGUCAGGAGUACGAGGAAACGAUAAGCACUGACCACAUCGCUGGCACUCCUGUGCUGAGGGUGACGGCAUCUGACAGGGACUCCGGCAGCAACGCCGAACUCUCCUUCUCCUUGCAAGGCGACCCAGACGACAUGAAAUACUUCGCCAUUGACAGCGAUACCGGAAUCGUCACUCUCACCAUCCCUCUGGAGAAGAGUAUGGGUAACAGACGACUGUUUGAGAUGCGAGCUCGCGCCUCUGACAAAGGGUCUCCAGCGCUGUGGUCCACAGCUGAGGUCCGGAUCCAGGUGGUUUCCUCAGACGAUCUCCCGCCUACGAUUGUCAGACAGAUUCCGCGUUUCCCCGAGAUCUGGGAGAACACCACAGAAAAUACGGAUGUGCUGACGUUGUGUGCAAGAUCUAACAUCGCAGACAGCUCUCUCGUUUAUUUCACCCUGCUGAAUGGCAACACUCCAGACACCAACUCAGAUGGAACAUUCGCCGUCAGACGCCACGAAGACUCCGAGAUGUGCCACGACGCACAGGCGGUGACCGUGUCGUUAGCUUCCAGGAACCUGUUCGAUGGUUCUGUCCUCGAGAACAUAGACAGUAUGCUCAUCACCACCAUCAAGGCUCACGAUGAGAUCGUGUCCCCUCAGUUUAGACAGCUCCGGUACUCCUUCGACGCGAUGGCUUCGGGAGAUGUGAGGCAGAAGUUCGCCCUCAAGUCUAACGGGGAACUUUGGACGACCGAGCCAUUGGACAGGGAGGAAUUCAAGCAGUAUAAAAUCCCCAUCAAAGUGACAGAUGGACUUCCUGCCUUCGAUUCUCUGAGAUUGAGACGCAAAUCUUCGCUCGUUUUCGCUCUUGGUUUCUCUUUGGAUCUCGAACUUAACAAAAGCCUUGAUGGUGGUGAUGAGCAUACUGUCUAUGUUCUCGAGGACAGAACCGUCGAACUGCUGGAGGAGCGGAGCGUUGUCGUUGACGUCCAGAAUGUUCACCUGGAGCUUCUUCUCCAGACGAGCGUUUCUAUCGUUCUGGAAUUUGGGGAGGAUGGAGAAAGAGGAAGAGGAGGAGAUUACACGAUGUUGUCAUGGGGAAGGUCCACGUACCGCCUGAUUCCCUUGGCGUCCUUGGACCGAGAGGAGCAGAAGGUGUACCCCCUGCCCUUUGUGACCCAAGAUCAGACGGGGCGCAGGGGCAUCAGACUCCUCACCCUUGAGAUCGGGGACGAGAACGAUUCGCCAAUGUCCGAUGGGAGAAGCAAGAUCAAGGUCUACAAUUACCAGGGCCAGUUCCCAUCGAUGGUCAUCGGGGCUGUUUACGUGACGGAUCUGGAUGACUUCGACCUGGACGAUAAGAUAUUCGAGGUGGAUGAAACGACCUCGUCCGAUGUUGCCAACUACUUCCAAGUGGACCGGAAGAGUGGCAACAUCACGAUGUUUAAGGGAACGCCUGCAGGACUGCACUUACUCAGGGUGAAGGUGUACGACAUAUCACGUGUGGAAGCAGCUAUAGGCGAGGUCAGCAUCAACGUUGUGGACCUCAAUUUUAACUCCGUUAUGAAUUCGGGGUCACUCACACUUGCCGAUGUCAGGUCUCAACAAAUGCUCAGGACAAAUAAGGCAGCAGGCGCGGAGACGCUGUACGAACGUCUCAAAGAAGAGAUCGCCAGGAUUCACGAAAUCCCUUCGAAGAACGUCGAUGUCUUCAACAUGCAGGAUGUCGACGGAGGAGUUCAAAUCCGGUACAACUGCCACGGAUCGCCCUAUUACACUGCCGAGAGGCUGGAUGGAAUCUUGAUGAAAAACAGGAUGGAGGUUUCGAAAGCACUUGGCCUUGACAUCGUCAUGGUGGACAUCAACGCCUGCCUGUAUGAAUCUAAGUCCCCCUGCGGUGGGCGAAGUUGCCAACACAGCGUGCGACCAAACCUCACUACCCCUCUGGUCGUGGCGAGCAGCACAGCCACUAUGGUGGGUGUCGACAUUGUCGACGAAUAUACCUGCGACUGUGGGGAGCUCGAACCCCUGCCCUCCGUUUGCUUCAGUGGCUUCUGCUACAAUGGAGGGACUUGCGGUGUCCUCAACAACACCCUUCAGUGCCAGUGUAUAGACGACCAUAACUACGGACCCCGCUGUGAACUCAAGAACGCGAGGUUUGAGAAGAGCUUCGCUUGGUACAAACCGCUGAAAGUGUGUGACAACUCGACUUUUUCCAUCUCGUUCAUAUCGAAUAGCCACAGUGGCACUCUUCUUUACAUGGGGCCAAUCGUGGAGCUACCCUGGGAGGACUAUCCCAAGGACUUCAUGUAUGUGUUUCUCAGGAACUGGGUCCUGGUGACCUACAUCGAACUCGGGUCAGGGACCGAAAAGAUCUCGAUCCCGGUUGAGAAGAACAACAACCGAAUCUUCCAGCUCAUCGUCGCCUGGAAAGAGAAGGAAAUGACAUUUGAAGUGGUUGACUGCGGAUUUAACUCAACCGAUGGUUCUCGUGAUCCAUGCAAGACUUCUGUCCCCUAUCCAAAUAUAUCCAUGUACCCCAGCUUCCUCCUCAACGUCCAAGGCCCUCUUCAGGUUGGGGGCCUGGCACCCAUGCCCAGCUUUGCCUCCUUAUCUGGGUCCUAUAGGUGGAAUUUGAUACCUCCAAAAGUGGCUCCUUUCUCAGGGUGCAUCUUGGAAAUGCGUCACAAUGAUUUCCUUUAUGAUCUGAAUGCCACAGAUUAUGGCUCUGGGCCUGUACAGUCGUGUGAUGCUCCACAGACCUCUAGGGUUGUCCUGGGACGGCAAUCCAUCAUCAUAAUCCUAGUCAGUCUCCUUUGCUUUGUAGUUUUGUUGUUCCUGAUUCUCUGCCUGGCGAGGCGAGGGAGGAAGACCGUCUCCUCUCCGAACCUGGAUCGGGAACUGGUGAAGGAGACGAUGGGAGGAACGGAUCUAGAAGCCUUCGGGGAGAAGGACGUCACCCAUUUCGACCUCAAGUUUCUCCAGGUCACUCCGGACGGAUAUGUGGUCAAAGAUGAAGAAGACUCGAACCUUCCCGACGUGACGCAGGACGCUCGCCAGUGCUUGGCUGUUCCCUCAGCCAAAAAACCCGAGGGAGUCAGCAUUGGCGAAUUUCUCAAGAACAACAUCAAAAAGGUGGAUCAGGACCAUGAAGACAACUUGGACGACGUCCGCCACUACGACCUCUCGGGAGACGAGAUGUCAGUCGCAGCAUCUCUGUCUUCUCUCGCCUCAGGCUUCCACUCCACCUCUGGGUCGUUUAAGAGUGAAUUCGCCUUUGAUUACAAGAAUGACUGGAGCCAGCGCUUCGAAAAGAUCCCCCACAACAUCCACGGAAGAGAAGCAGACCAAGGAGUGGAGGAGAGUGGGCGCGAAUUCCCAAACGCAGCAGAGGAGAAGAAGAUGGCCAUGGCCCCAUUGAUAGGAACUGCCACCAUCAACAGGAGGAAGUCGUAUGCUACCAAUGACACAGCCAACUGCUUCACUCUGCCUGCUUCCUUAAAGAAGAAGAAUGCCAGGGAGCAUCCUCCCUCGGCAUCUCUUGUGACACAGCCUACGAAGAAGAGUGACAAUCGAUUGACGAGUAGGAACUUUCACGAUUCAGGAGUGUCAGUCAUGGACGAUCCGUCUAAAAUGGUUGCCAAAGGUAGUGGGAAGAUCCAGCCGCCAUCGCUGGAAGGGCAUAACUCCACGUCUGUUCCUACUAACUCCCAAAAGAGCGUGGAAACGUGGUGUUGAUUCAGAAGCUGACUAGCUGUUAGGGAAAUGUCCACUAUUAUUAUGAUUUCCAGCAUUCCAAAACUUAUACAGGAAUUAAUAGCGGUCCUAACUAGUACAGUGGAACGUGCAGUGUUUAUACUGCAUCAGACAACGGAUAUCAGUCUGUGUAUAAAGUGUCUUCACUCAUCUCCCUCACAAAGCUCAAUCUGCAUUUUUGUACUCUACGAGAAAACAAAGCGAUUUUACUUUGUCCAUUCAGCGGGGGAUUUCUUACCAGGCGCGAAUAAAUCCAAUUUAAGAUGAACCUUCCUGACCUCUGGGUAACCUGAGGUUUGUUUUCCCUUCACUGGACUUCUCGUUAUACUAAAGAGCGCCAAUGAACAGUGUGGAAUACCCGGAUAAUUAUUUCUCCUCUUGUAUGUAAUACGAGUUUCAGUGUACACCAGUGGAUUUAAACAGUAUUCGUUUUGGUCACAUUUAAAGAAUUAAACCGAUGUUUUGACAGUUGAAUAUCAGGUGGCCUACGGCAGUCAUUUCUAAGAGCAUUUGCUGUGACAUGCAAUGUGAAAUUCAAUAUGCCAUAGAACAUUUCUUUGAGCGUUCGUUGACAUUUGGCCUGUGAAGUUGUCGUUUAAUACGUAAAUGAUGACCAAAACAGGUGCACAGGCAUAAUUAAUGUGUCUUGUACAACAGCUGUGAUGAGUUUAAGGUGUGUUGAGAAAACAUCUAGAUAGUUAAAGUAGUUCAGUGUAAUGGUGUGUCAUCGCAGCUCCGUUGAAGUAUUGAAAUCGUGCUUACAUUUUUCUGGUUGAUGUACGGUACAGAUGUCCUAUGGUUUCAGAGUAGCAAUUAUGAUAAUCUACUGUACUUUACGGGUUGCUCUAUGAGCAAGAGCCCGUGCUGGCAUAAAAGGCCAGCUUAAUCUUCAAAAUCAUACUUCACUUGUAAAAAAAAAAAACGAAGGUUUGGUUCAUAAAAAUAAGAAUAUUUAUGAACCCGCAGUAAAUUAUUCAGUAUAUGAAUCCUGCUAUUUCAGAGGACCCAUCAAUUGUGACUGCCAUAGGCUGUUAAGAACCUCAUUAUGUAAUGCUUAGAAAACUUUCUUUGUGUGUGAUGAAACUAUAUCAGUGUUUAUAAUUAGUUGUGAUUGCACCAUGGUUUAAUUAAAGUGCCUGAUGCAGAUGUACUACAUGAAUGGAGUAAGUGGAGUUGUAUCAUGGUGGGAUGAAAUAAAGUGAUUUUUUUUACACGUAUCGUGAGAGCCAGAUAAGAAUCGUCCUGAGGUUCACGAAGUGCUUCUUGCCUUUAUCCUUAUGAAAACUUUGAAUUAACGUCAACUUUGGCAUGAAGAAAUUAUGUUCAAGUUACAAUCUUAUGUCGUCUCGUAUUUACCUUUUUUUUCAGGCUGAACUACAGUCCAUCGCCAAGUAGCGUACAAAAUAGCUUUGUAUUUUGCUUAUUUUUAAUAGCCACUUUUAUAUUUUGUUAAAUUGAGAUUCAGGGAUUUUAAAAAAUGUUUUUUUUAUAUGGUAGCUUGAUCUUUGUCAAUAUAUUUAUGAAUAUAUCAUGCUGUGUGACUGUUACUAUUGCUUGUUCGUGAUAGCUGGAGACUAUCGGUUAUCUUCAUAAUUACGUAGUUAGUACAGCCCCUUGAAAACUCUUGAAAUUGGUGUGCUCACUAGGUAUUGAUAAGUGAAUUUUGUAUACUGCUUUGGUGUCCUUUAUAUGAUACCUUUUUGGGAAAUAUGACCUGUUCAGAAGUCUAGUUCAGGAUCUGAAACCACAGAAGUCAAGUUCAGGACCUGAAACCAGAGGGUGAAUAGCCUACCUUUUGACUAAUCAGACUUGGAGUCUAUGACUCUACAGAGCACAUAUUGCCAGGUCAUUUAGUAAUGUGUAUGGGAUACGAAGAAUGAACGUUUCUAGACUAGGUUAUAAAUCGUGACCUUGAUACAAUUUCAUCAAUACAUUCUUGGUUAUGUUUUUCUUUCCUGGCACAGAGACAUUUGAAGUUUUGCCAGUACAUUGUGGAAGCCACAAGUGCAUUAGUACUUGAGCAGGGUAUUGAAUCAACUACUUACCUGAGUGGAAAUGUUUACAUGAUUCUGUAAGUGUUUAACUUACUUAUCUAUGAUUUGAUUGUUCUUGUUAUGUCAUUACUUAAAGACAUACUCUUCGUAUACAGUUACUCAUCAGAAAAACCGAAUCUAUCAAAUAUUGAUAGGAAAACAUUUGCUUCAGUACCAAAGCCCGGAGGAACCAUUUUUAAAAUUUACUUCAUGUUUGAGCAAUCUUUUAGUAAGUACCAAUUUGUAUCGUGUCUACAGGAUGGCGUUUAAACAAUUUUU